AUGCAGGUCACACCCCUGGUCGAAUAUUUUCUCCUGCGAGAAUAUUCCUGCCACAUUCCUCUGGGUAUGUUUGCGGCUUGGUAUGACCUGGAGAGCCGUAAGAUAGAUUUGGAAAUGUUUAAGGCAGAGAAUGAGCGGAUGCGUCUCAUGCAGAGACCUGAUAGGGAACACCAUCCUCAUUUUCGUAUAGAGGAUGCAAUUAAAUUUGUUCCUAAAUUCAAUGAGACAGAGCCUGAGUACUUUUUCAUUCAUUUUGAGCGAGUUGCUGCCUUGCAUGGUUGGCCCGAAGAUAAGUGGGUAUUGCUUGUUCACAGUGCAUUUGUUGGCAGAGCUCAAGAGGUUUCUCAGCUCUGGAUUUGGUACAGUCACAAUCAACUUUUGUGUAAGAAAUGGGUCGAGAGUGAACUUGAUGCACUCGAGUACGAUAAAUUACUCGAGCUCUUUGUACUAGAGGAAGUUAAGAAAAGUAUGCCUGUAAAAGUUCGCUCUCACAUUGACGAACGUGGUCUGCGCACAUUAGCCGAGGUCGAUCUAAUGAGCCUUCAUUCCAGUCUAUCCAGCAUAAUGGUAAGAGGAUGGAGUAUAGUUCCAGGGACUGGACUGCCAGAUACCCACAGGACUGUUCAUACAAAGUCAGAAACAGGUGGUGAUGAGAGUAAGAAGGUUGCUUCUCGCGGAUUUCUUAGUGUCGAUGAGUCGUGUAAGUCGUCUUCCCCAGUCACUAUUCUACGGGACUCGGCUGCAGAUAUAUCAUUGGUACUCAAGGAGAUGGUUCCUAACCCUGACUGCUAUACUGGAGAGAUGAUUAUUAUUAAUGGACUGGUAGGGUCCAAGAGUAUACCCAUAUGUAAAGUCUACCUUGAAUCUAAAUUGAUAACUGGGUACGUAAAUUUAGGUGUUGUUGAUAAUAUACCAAGUGAUGGCAUUUCGCUCCUUAUGGGCAAUGAUCUAGUUGGUGAUAAGGUAUGGCCUUGCCCUGUAGUUUCACCUUGCCCGACAGAGGAGAACAACACCGUAGAUUUAGAGAGGACCGAAGUGCUGGUCGGUUUAACUAAAGCCCAGUGGAGUGAGUUAGCCGCUCAUUAUUGCAUCCCUUUUCGGUCAUCCUUACGGAAGGAUGAAAUUCGUACAUUAGUGACCGAGUAUUUAUUAGAACACAAGGUGUUAAGUGAGGAGGAUUUAGAGCCCUUGUGUCCUCGGGAUGUCACGAUGGCCCGCCAGUAUGACCUGGAGAGCCGUAAGAUAGAUUUGGAAAUGUUUAAGGCAGAGAAUGAGCGGAUGCGUCUCAUGCAGAGACCUGAUAGGGAACACCAUCCUCAUUUUCGUAUAGAGGAUGCAAUUAAAUUUGUUCCUAAAUUCAAUGAGACAGAGCCUGAGUACUUUUUCAUUCAUUUUGAGCGAGUUGCUGCCUUGCUUGGGCCCGAAGAUAAGUGGGUAUUGCUUGUUCACAGUGCAUUUGUUGGCAGAGCUCAAGAGGUUUUCUCAGCUCUGGAUUUGGUACAGUCACAAUGUUAUUAUGUAGUAAAACAAGCUGUUUUAAAUGUUUAUAAAAGGGUACCAGAGGCUUACAGACAAGAUUUCCGUUAUUAUCGUAAAGAUAGCAAACAAACCUUUGUUGAAUUUAUUCGCCAAAAGCAACUUUUGUGUAAGAAAUGGGUCGAGAGUGAACUUGAUGCACUCGAGUACGAUAAAUUACUCGAGCUCUUUGUACUAGAGGAAGUUAAGAAAAGUAUGCCUGUAAAAGUUCGCUCUCACAUUGACGAACGUGGUCUGCGCACAUUAGCCGAGGUCGGCAAAGCCGCCGAUCAUUUCGCUCUCACUAAUCCCAACUACUCUUGCAGAUCUAAUGAGCCUUCAUUCCAGUCUAUCCAGCAUAAUGGUAAGAGGAUGGAGUAUAGUUCCAGGAGGACUGGACUGCCAGAUACCCACAGGACUGUUCAUACAAAGUCAGAAACAGGUGGUGAUGAGAGUAAGAAGGUUGCUUCUCGCGGAUUUCUUAGUGUCGAUGAGUCGUGUAAGUCGUCUUCCCCAGUCACUAUUCUACGGGACUCGGCUGCAGAUAUAUCAUUGGUACUCAAGGAGAUGGUUCCUAACCCUGACUGCUAUACUGGAGAGAUGAUUAUUAUUAAUGGACUGGUAGGGUCCAAGAGUAUACCCAUAUGUAAAGUCUACCUUGAAUCUAAAUUGAUAACUGGGUACGUAAAUUUAGGUGUUGAUAAUAUACCAAGUGAUGGCAUUUCGCUCCUUAUGGGCAAUGAUCUAGUUGGUGAUAAGGUAUGGCCUUGCCCUGUAGUUUCACCUUGCCCGACAGAGGAGAACAACACCGUAGAUUUAGAGAGGGAGUAUCCCGAUCUCUUUCCUGCAUGUGCUGUCACCCGCAGUGCAAGUCGUAUAAUUUCUGCUUCUGAUAAUUCUAAUAUAGUAAAUUUUAAAGACAUGCCAGUUACUAGAGAAAAGCUCAUUGAAGAACAAUAUAAAGAUCCUGAGUUGCAAACAUUUUAUGAUAGGCUUACUGAUACAAGUAACAUAGACAAUUUCAGUACCUGCUAUUAUCUCCAGUCAGGUGUUCUUAUGCGUAAAUAUAAGCCCUAUAAUAUAUCUGCAGACGAUACCAGUAAGAUAGUACAUCAGAUUGUCAUUCCAAAGCCCCUUCGAACUGAUGUAUUGAAUAUUGCACAUGACAUUAGUGUCAUUUGGGAGUCAACAAAUCUUACCAUAAGAUUUUAG